AGGACGAGGAGACAAUGGAGAAGGACGAGGAGACAAUGGAGAAGGACGAGGAGACAAUGGAGAAGGACGAGGAGACAAAAGAGAAAGACAUCACGACAAGUACGCUCCAAGCCAGCCCAACACUGUGACAAGGAGGACAUAGGAGCGUCUGAAGGAAUAUUGACAAAUCCUCCAACAGUGAAGACCAAAAGGAUGCCCCUGUCCCUGCUGCUGAGAAAGAGAAGCAGGCCUGUAGCAACGAGGAUAAUGCAGAAACCAAGAUGGAGGAUAAUGUGGAAACGGGACCAGAUUCCAUGAAGACUGGUAUGGAGUCAUCGUUCCAGGCCAACAACCCAGUGGGAAGAGAAUUCAUUAAACCUGUCAUGGGCUACUUCUGCGACCUGUGUCAAGUCAUCUAUGUCAAUGAGGACGAAGCAAAGAACCAACACUGCAGCAGCCUCUGUCACUAUCUGAAGUUUAUGGAACAUUCAGGUAAAGACACAGCCUCUAGCUAAAAAGAUGUCCCAUCUCUGGAGGAAGUUGACAAGAUGACAGUUUUAGGCCCAAUUUGACGGGAAGUGUACAAUUGCACACUUCCGGAGGAGUGUGGAGAAUCUGGAUUUUUCUUUAUAUUGCACUCAAGAAGAACGGCACGGGUUUACCUAAUCCACGAGAGGCUCUUUGUGAAACUCAUCCUAGAACAAUAAAUGAGAUUGCAGAUUAGGUCUCAGACGUUAAUCUGUAUUGGUUUAUAUGAACAAAUGUUCAGCACCUACCUACAUAUAUUGUUAUGUUUGUGUUAGAAUAGCUCAGAUCUACUUUCUGUAACGUGAAUUGUUCGGUUUUCCUAUGUUAUUUGUUUUCAAGAUUUGUUUGAAUUUGAACUGCAUUCUAAACGAUUGUUAAUAAACGUGUUUAAUUAUUGCA